AUGGAUAUCCUUGAUACCACAGGCGAUGUAUAUGCCGAGUUGCGAUUGUUUCUUUUGCUGUUGGCACACGAGAACCACUAUAGAUUCACCUCCAGUGUGAGAGAGAGACUUUUUCAAUCACUUACACAAUUCUCUCAAAUCCACCCUGAAGACUUACAGAAUGCCGAGACCUAUUCUAACCAUUACCAAACUUUCUGUGGGCAUAAAUUUGUGAAGGGUGAAACUUGUUUCAGAUGCUUCACUUGCGGUUAUGACGAAACAUGUGCACUUUGUAAAAACUGUUUUGAUCCAGAGUACCACAGGGGACACGACAUACAUAAGAGCAUCAUUCAACGGGAUAUGGCUGGGUGCUGUGAUUGUGGUGAUAAAGAGGCAUACCCAACUUCAAUCUGUGUACACUACAAUGAGAAGGGAACAAAAGUUUUGAAAACCCAUGUGUCACCCUACUUAUUGGAACAUUUGGGCAUCUUUCUAGGUAUUCUCUUGGAUUUUAUCAUUGAUUUUACCAGUCACUCGAUUUCAAGCGUUUCUCCACCAGAGAGCAUGGACCAAAUCAAACUUCGACAUAGCAUGUCGUCCUUAGUACAAAAUGUUUAUGGCUCUUUAGAUCCUGACGUGGAGAAGUAUGCACUUUUGCUGUACUCGGACAAUGUCCAUCAAUAUUCAGAAGCAGUGCAAAGGAUACGUUUUGCUACUGGAAAGGUAAAGGAAUAUGCAGAAAUGAUUGCUACCCGAUGUGACGAUCACGGCAGGGCAGUUGUCAUGGUGUCGGAACAUAUUCCGUACUUGGUCAGAAAGCAAGAAUAUUUAUCUUCAAGUGGAUUGACUUCAUGUAUUGUCAAUGUUAGAGAAGCCUUUAGAGAAGAGAUGGUUGACGAAAUAUUCAAUUGGAUUAAUCAGUUAUCAAAGUCAUUUAUUGCACGAGUGGAAGCUGAUAUCAGAAAUACCAUCUCCUUAUCAUUUUUAUUACCCUACAAUUCCGGAUGUAUGAACCAGUGGAUAGAAGUUCAUCGUGAUAAGAUACUAAUAAAUCCACGGAAUAUCCGGUUGGCUAACAUAACAGGACGUCUUGUAAAACCAUGGGAUAUUCCGGAUCGUUUGAAACAAGAAUGUAGAUAUACUGAUGAUCCAAAGGCCUCAGAAUUAUAUCAAGACUCCAGGUUUCAAUGUCUUUUAUCAUUUGAUGUUAGGUUUUGCAGGGCUACAAGAAUUAAUUUACAUGAUAUUUAUAUACCUAUUUUUGCCAAAAAUCCCAAAUUUUCAACAAUGGUUGUUGCUCAAUUCUUAGAUGUUUAUGAUACCAUCUUUACAUCCUUUUUAAUGAUAGACAGGGAACCAGAGCUGUCUGUUAUGCCUAUAUUAUCAACUCAGUUGUUUUCAUGUGCCACCAAUGAUAUUUUGAUUCUAAGGCAUCAGAACAUCACUGAUAUCAUCACAUCAAUCUAUAGAUAUCUUUCCAUGGGGUUGACUACCAAUAUGUGUAAAGGCUACCAGAUACCGGACAAUAGAAACUCUUCCCUUUGUUUUAAUGCAUUGAAGAAUCGAAAAUGGGCUCACGUGCUAUUAGAUUUGACAUAUAUCAUUACUCGAAAUCCAGAAGCUGAUAACAUCUUUACUAUGUUUGAGUGCUUCCCAAUUUACGUUGAUCUUUUGGCCCUCUUUCAGGGUAAGCCAACGUUUGAAAGAGAAGCCGAAAAACAUGUUGAGUAUGAAAGCCAGGAUUAUACCGUUUUCUUCAAUGCCGUAUCGGUCAUUUCACAUUUGUCAGAGAAUGUUGGAAAAGUGUUAAGUAGACUUACCAAAGUUCAGCUACUAUCACAGGGCAAUCCAAUGGAUUGUUUUUACCAUACGCAUUCCAAUACAAUGAAGAGAUCGUUUACAGAGACAUUAUAUACAAUCAUUAUUAGAAAACUGAUUGACCUGACAUUUCGGGAAAACUCAAAAUCUUCCAAUAACUCAUUAGUUAAUGUUGGUGAAGACAAGGAUGAAGGCGUUUUAUUUUCUCCAUGCAAAGAAAUCCGAAAAUAUAAUCAGGUUGAAUCUAAUGUUUUGGAGGCUAAAUUAAGUUUCUUGCACCCGCUACAUAUCAUGUUUUCCCUAAUGAUUGAAAUGGAUCAGUCUGUUGAUUCUGAUAAGUCUGUUAAACAUAUCAUGGAUAUAAUCUGCAGUGAGUAUGAGUUUUAUCUUUCACAUCAUGACUAUCCAGUUGAACUAAAAAGCCAUUCGUAUCAAGGUGUAAUGGGAAUUUUUGACAUCCCUCUUCGAAAGAUUGUUUUGCUUUCCCAAAUCAAAGUUGGGUUAUGGGUGAGAAAUGGUACGUCAUUAAAGUCGCAAAUGCAUCUCUAUCGUUUGGGUGCCAGCAGAGAAUUCGGCUACAUGCGUGAUCUAUUUCUUUGUCAAAUUUAUGUUGGCUACUUCAACAAUCUAGAUUUAGUAUCGUAUACGCUAUUUGACCGGUGGAAUUUACUCCCUUGGCUGAACGGUGAACAAGAAAAAUCCCCUUACCCUGUGGCUUAUCUACCUAUGAUUCUAGAAGAGUUUAUUUUGUUUUUAAUACACUUGGUCACUGAAGAUUUACAUCUUCACAAACGAGACGGUGUUGAAAUAACCAACUUGAUGAUACAACGAGAAAUUGUUCACUCAGUCCUAUACUCCGAGAAGACAUAUAAGGAUAUUACCUCUGGAAUCGGCGACCACAUUAUAACAUUAAAACAAUUCCCUAUCAUGUUUAAUAAAUGCCUGGAAUUGUCAAAUUCAGUUUCUGAUAUAUCUCAAGAACGGACCUAUAAGCUAAAAUCGCACCUACUGGAUACAAUUGACCCAUAUUACGUUUACUUCACGGCUAAUAGGCGUGACAGCUGCAUUGCUGAAAAAAAAUUGUACAUCUCCAGAGUUUCUGGUACGAAUGUCGAUGAGGUAGUUCUUGAACCUAAAGAGAUCGACUGGAAUGACGGGCCGUUUGAAAGAGUAACCGAUAUUUUACUCGAUAAAAAAGUUCUUUCAUUCAUUGAAUCUUCAAUAAAGUUUUGCAAGGGCGGAAUGAUAGGUCAUAAUGUGAAUAACAAGAACGCUCACAAGGAAAAUCACGAGUCACUAUUUACUUUAACUCUGCAUUUGCUUCACUUAGCAUUGAAGCAUAAGAAUAUUGACUAUGUCAGCACCAGUGAUUUGGCGUCGAUUUUUAUUCAGUUAUGGGAUAUUUUCCAGGUGAAUGCUGCGCCAGAAUCAUCUGCACAAUUAAAGUGUAUCAUGAAAAUCAUCUUUUACCUAUUGGAUUCAAGAAACUAUGACCUUCGAGAAGAAAUACCCCAUUUUGAUUUCAAAAUCAUUGAAACUGGCAUUAACUUUAUUGAUAAUGAGAACAAAUCAAACACCGAUAUUUCUUUUGAAAAAAAAAAGAAGCUAGCAAGAAAAAAGAAAACCAAGCUUCUUGCCAAACUUAAGAGACAAAGGGAAAAGUUUGCAGAAAACUUUAUUAUGGAUGAAGGAUUGGACAGUGUAAGCGAAAGUGGGACAGAAAUUAAUAGGUCUGUUGACUCUUUGAACGAUACUGCACUAUCGCCAAGUGGAGAUUCUAGUCAGGUUGUUCCGGAGAUCAAUCCCGUGGACACAAGUUCGCUGAAGAAAGAAUCACAUCAUGCCAAUCAGGAUGAAAGUAUAGAUUAUGUGUCCUGUGGGGACCCCCCAAAGUCUUGGAAAUUUCCUGAACAUCAAUGUUUACUGUGUCACAUUCCUGCUUCUGAGAAAGAUGAAAUAUUUGGUGUUUUCAGUUAUGUUACAGAUAGCAAUGUGUUUAGGUAUGUUCCGACGGACAAUGAUUAUUGGUUCUACAAGGCAUUUGGCGAAAAUUUGUCAUUAGAUCAAAAUGAAACUGCUCCAAUUGGGCUUUUUGAGUAUAUUAAGACAGUAGAAACAAAAUCAGUCAUUGGUCCUGGUUUUCCAGAUGUUAAUGAAUCCCCCUAUCAUCCGGGAUUUUACGAUAAUAUGGCUGUCUUUACAGGCUGUUGUCAUGGUAUGCACGCUAGUUGUUUUAAACAUUAUUAUGAAACUUCAGUUGAUAAACAACUCUCACAGAUAACUAGAACAGUCCCAGAAAACAUCCAAAGAAACGAAUUCAUAUGUCCUCUAUGUAAGACAAUCUGCAAUGUGUUCAUCCCAGUUUGUUAUUCGCAAAAUUCUAAAAAGUUCUUUACUCAGUUUAGUGAGAGCGUUGCUCUGCCUGAUAUAAUGACACCUAGAGUUGAUAUUGACAUUGCAAGGCUUAAUACUAUUCAAGAGAAAAUUAGAGAUGAAUUACUUGAGAAUGUGAAGAUGCAAAUGGAUAAGAAGAACUGGUUUCUGGAGAAAACCAUGAACUAUAAGGCCAGCAAAGUCUUAAAAUUCAAAGACGAUGCCUUUCCUGCAGUAUUACAGGAUUGUAUUCAAAGUGUGACUUCUGUAUCGCCUCCUUUUGAGUCAUUUGGUGUUAUAAUUGCAAAAACAAUCGAAUCGUUAGAGAUUAUGUUGAGAGGUGACAAUUACAACCCCAAAGUUAAAAAGAAACUACUGAUUAAUCAACUCAAUAGUCGAUCUUUGACAAACAUUCGAGUGUGGUUGCAAAUUAGCGAGGUCUUCAAAUCAACCUUAGGUGUCACAAAGGGAGCCCAAGAGUCAUCAAACGAACCGUUUUUGUUCUCCCAAAGCUUAACGGGGCUUUACUAUAAUCUUUUUCAAAAUGAUGAGCUUUUGUUCGAUGGGCAAGAUUAUUUUACAGGACUAGUACAUUGUGAAGAGGCCAAAUGUAUUGGCUUCUCAUUCAAAAAAUUAGCCAGUAUUUUAUUUGUUAGGCACAUAAUACAGUCCUUAAUGAAAGUGAUGGUUGUUAUCACGGACAAGGAAAGCAAAGGACAACAUAUCAACUACGAUUUGAUAAUAAGGGAAAGAUACACUGGUGACAGGAAUAAGUUUUCCAUUUUGCUCUCUUCAUUCCUAAGUGUAAGAAUCCCCAAUGAAAUUAUCGAUCUGGUUUAUUCUAUGACUAUCAAAAUGGUUACACCCUUUUUGAGGAAAGUGCUGAUUUUGGCAUAUGCCAAGUAUCCUGUUUUUGAGGAAGAAAUGUUGGUGGUGGAUCCAGAUCUACGAGAAUGUGAUAAGAUCUGUAUGGUUAUGGCUAUACCAACAGUGGAUAUGGUUAUUGAGAACUUAAAUCCUGAAUUUUUCGGCAUGGUAGAUACGAAGCAGAAAACUAGAUUGCUAAAUUCCAGAAUUGGAUAUCCAAGUAAGAUCCAACUGAUACAUUUACCAGAGACGCUGAACGAUUUUUAUGUUUACUAUUACAAUUCACUUCCAGCAGAAGAACAAUAUGAAGAGCCAGCUAUAUGUAUGUUUUGUGGUAAAAUGAUGAGCUUACAAAAGCAAAGGUACGGUGAUCAUUUUGGUUCAUGUACCAUGCACUUGAGAUGGGAGUGUAUGAACAGUGGCAAAGGUAUUUUUUUCUUGCCGAGAAAUAACUGUGUCUUAUUACUGGACAAUGGCAAAGGAUCGUUCAUUGAAAGCCCAUACCGUGACGAAUUUGGAGAACUAGACAGAGAUUUCAAGUCUGGACAUGAGGUGACGCUGAGUGAUAAAAAGUACGAAGAACUACAAAAGAACAUUUGGCUCUCCCACAAUAUUCAAAAUGUCGUUGCUCAGAAUCUAGAAAACUUGACGGAUAUUGGAGGGUGGAGCACGUUAUAG